CAAGCUAACGGGAAGCAGCGACGGCUGCUUAUUCGUUUACUGGUAGAAGACUAGACGAGAGUGUAAAAAACGUAUACUUUGCCUCUCUGCCUUUAGUCAGGAUGAUCCACAGCCUCUUCCUGAUAAAUGCCUCCGGGGACAUUUUCCUGGAGAAGCACUGGAAAAGUGUGGUCAGCCGCUCCGUGUGCGACUACUUCUUCGAGGCUCAGGAGCGCGCCACAGAGCUGGAGAACGUGCCACCGGUGAUCUCCACGCCACAUCACUACCUUAUCAGCGUGCUCAGGCACCGCAUCUACUUUGUGGCCGUCAUCCAGAGCGAGGUGCCGCCGCUCUUCGUCAUUGAGUUUCUGCACAGAGUCGUCGACACGUUCCAGGACUAUUUUGGCGUGUGCACGGAGGCAGCCAUCAAGGAUAACGUGGUGGUGGUCUAUGAGCUGCUGGAGGAGAUGCUGGACAAUGGGUUUCCACUGGCCACAGAGUCCAACAUCCUCAAAGAGCUCAUUAAGCCUCCCACCAUUCUCCGUACUAUGGUCAACACCAUCACAGGCAGCACCAACGUGGGCGAGCAGCUGCCCACGGGUCAGCUCUCAGUGGUGCCGUGGCGACGCACCGGGGUCAAAUACACCAACAACGAGGCCUAUUUUGACGUGGUGGAAGAGAUCGAUGCCAUCAUCGAUAAGUCAGGCUCCACCAUCACAGCAGAGAUCCAGGGAGUCAUUGAUGCCUGCGUCAAACUGACCGGCAUGCCGGACCUCACGCUCUCGUUCAUGAAUCCUCGUCUGCUGGAUGAUGUCAGUUUUCACCCGUGCGUUCGGUUCAAACGGUGGGAAGCUGAGCGCAUCCUCUCCUUCAUCCCGCCCGACGGAAACUUCCGCUUGCUCUCCUACCACGUCAGCUCUCAGAACCUGGUGGCCAUCCCCGUGUACGUCAAGCACAACAUUACCUUCCGGGAGGGCAGCUCCCAGGGUCGUUUCGACUUGACUCUGGGCCCCAAACAGACCAUGGGUAAGGUGGUGGAGUCGGUUCUGGUCAGCAGCCAGCUGCCGCGCGGCGUUCUCAACGCCAACCUCACCUCCUCGCAGGGAACGUACACCUUUGACCCCGUCACAAAGUUGUUGACAUGGGAUGUUGGCAAGAUCAACCCACAGAAGCUUCCAAGUCUGAAAGGCACCAUGAACCUGCAGGCCGGCGCCUCUAAACCAGAUGAGAACCCCACCAUUAAUAUUCAGUUCAAGAUCCAGCAGAUGGCCAUCUCAGGGCUGAAGGUGAACCGGUUGGACAUGUACGGUGAAAAGUACAAACCUUUCAAAGGCAUCAAGUACAUGACCAAGGCCGGCAAGUUCCAGGUCCGGACAUAAA